AAAGCAGCAGUACCCCGGCGGCACAGACAACAGAACAGUGUUUCCCGAAGUCGUGGGCGCGUGCUUGCGUUGCUUUUGCUGGGUGCACCAGACACUACUCACACGUACACUGCGGUAAGAGCCACCACCUGUCACGGCGAUCCGCCAUGUUCCAACCCUCCUCUCCAUCACGUCAGUAUGGCUCCGUGAUGGGUGAAGAACAGAAUCCGUGCACAGGGACUCGCCGUGAUCGGGUGCUGGAGCAGCCGCACCCAACGCGAUGGCGGAAUCUAGCUGUCGUUGGAGCGCUCGUAAUCGGUGCAACAGUGGUCGGCGUGGCAUUCAACAGGCAACCCAGAGCAAUAGCGGUAACGCCGAGCAACUCGGGCGCUAGUUUGGUGGACAUCGUUACCCCUUCGGCAGGUACUUCUACGACUGCUGAUGAGGCCAUCCCAUUCUCUCCGCGAGCAUUCCCGAAGAAAAUCGUCGAGACACCAAAGGUGCAGGAAGAAACAGCGGGCACGGUGGAAGAGGUGGCCCCGCUUUCCUUCCAGGCGCUCAACUUCUACCACAUCCGGGACGGCAAGCCGGCGCAGGACUACCCCUGGCUCCAGGAUGUGAAGCUCAUCGAACCCCACCGCGAGACAACUCUGUCGGUUUCAUCGCCCCGAGACGGCUACGACUACAUCUGGGAGGUGCGCAGCGGCGACACGGACGACACCGAAGUGCGCGCGUCGGCGAGAGGGGCGGAGGCCCUCAUAACCCUGACGAUUCUCGACGACAACGUGAUCACGCUGAAGGAGGUCACCUCCGACGGGGAGAUCAUGCGGCAGCUGGACGAGCUGGUGAUGGUCAAGUAUGUUCGCCGGGAGAUCAGGACUCUAACGGACGAUGAGCGCGAAGAGCUGUUUGAUGCGAUGUUUACGCUUUGGGACGUGCGAGUGGACACCGGAAAGGGAAAGGAACUCUACGGGGACGACUACGCCGACAUCUACGCCAUCAACCGCCUGCACUUUAAGGCGGCGAUGAGCGAGACCUGCGACCACUUCCACGACGGUCUCGGCUUCUUGACCAGCCACUCCCUGAUCUCCAACACGUUCGAGUACAGCCUUCAGCGAGUGAACCCCAAGCUGACCCUGCCGUAUUGGGACUUCACCAUCGAGGACUUCGAGGCGGAGAAGUCUUUCGACGACGACGAUCUCAAGAUCGUCUCGCCGAUCUUCCAGGAGUCGUGGUUCGGCUCGGCCGAUCCCGACGACAACAUCGUGAAAGAUGGGAGGUGGGCAAACACGGAGAUCCCCGCGAUGUACCCAGGCGACCCGGGAGACUUGAACCCGGACGUGUAUGGCCUCCUGCGGUCCCGCUGGAACGUCAACUCGUCGCCGUACCUGACUCGCGGGAUGGGCACGCUGUGCAACACGUACGACGUGACGCAGAUCUACCCCUGGCCUACCUGCGAGCUCCACUACUGGAUGGCCACCGAGUACUCGGACUUCUACUCGUGGGUGUGGACGAGCAUGUACGCGCCCCACGGGCCCGUGCACACCUGGAUCGGGGGCGUGCUGAACUGCGAGGAGACCAUGGCCUCCGUGAGCAGCCUCGUCGGGGAGGACAAUGCCAACUCCCUUGCGCUGUACGCGUUCGACCAGCGCAAGAACUUCUGGCGGGACGGCUUCUUCGACUGCGAGGGCACGGCCGAGGCGGGCGCGACGGAGGACGUGGUCUUCUCCGAGGGGAUGUGCGGCUGCCUGGGCUUCGACCUCAGCAGCAACUCGGAUGACUGGCAGACCAUCUACUACAACUCCACCAUCGACUUCGACAACGUCAUCAGCGAGUACGACGACGAGACCAAGCGCAUGGUCGUCGCGGAGGUGUGCGCCUCGACCAUCCACGACGGCGACCACCUGCAGGCGGGCUCCUCGCUUGACCCAACCUUCUGGCCAAUGCACCCGACGAUGGAGCGCCUGUUCAUGUUCGCCCGGCUGACGGGGAACACCAACGACCUGGACUGGCCGGACGCCGAUUCCUCCUCCUCCAACGAGAUGAUAAGCCGUUACGGCGACGAUUGCGUCGGCCACGGCGGCAGCGACGUGUUCCCCUUCGACCUUCUCGACUCAGACCAUGACGGAUUCGAGAUCAAGACCGGCAUGAAGGGCAACCCCGAGACCGGGAACAGCUUCACCAACCGAGAGGUCCUCGCAGCGAUGGACCCUAGGGUGAACCAGCUGUCCUACGUGUACGACACCUUCAAGUGGGACCACUGCUUGGGUAGCGGCUACGACUUCGACACCGCGUUUGACUUUUCUUCGACGGCUAGCGCCGAGGACAAGGCCAAGUCGACCAUGAAGAACGAGCCGACCAUGAGAAACCCCUGGGCUAAUCUGAAGAAGAGUGGUGUCGGGGCAAGCCAGGGUAGCACCAAGAAGGCUAGCAAGGGCAAGAACUGACUUUAGAUUGCUGGGUUUGCGUGAAGUGGUGGGGAUAGCGAAUGGGAGAGGGAAGAGUACCGAACGUUGACGUUGGUACGUAAGGGGUAUUUUACGUUCAUGAUGUUGUAUUUAGUUAUUUCUUUUCUCUGCAGAGUGCGGAGGGGAGAGAGGUGGGGGUUAGCACAACACCAGCGCCAGAUUGCUGGACUGGCCGAUGAUACGUCGGCCGGCAGGAUGGGGGGAUAGGCUAGCUUAUUCCCGGUGUGCUCGAGCGUUGCGCAUGUGCCGACCCGCUCUUUCGUGCGACUUUGGCAGGCAGGCGCUGGAGUCUUGGGUGGGGGGGGGGUGCGAUGUCUGGCGGAAUUGUGGUGUUUGUGGUGAUACGUUGGCCCCCCCUACACCCGUCGCACUUUCUGGCACUUUCGUGGUUUUCUAGCUUUCGGCUUCGGCCUUCUGUGGGAGGGUGUUGUCAUACAGUUGAAUCCAACCUCGUGUAUACGCUUGUGCCCAGAACGAUUUCAGCUCUGCUCUGUUUCUCGGACGAACGGGGUGUCCGUUUGUUGUCCCUGUCAAUUUUGUCCGGUGUCCACAAAGAUUCCAUUUUUUGUUGUGUUGUCCCGGACGUCCGUCCGUCCGUUUGUUGUCUCUGUUAUUUUUGUCCUGUGUCGCGGGGCUGCAUACGUCGGCUUCCCGAAGUACGCUGUCGCGGUGGUUGGGUUGUGACCAAUUCGUUUCUGUCCUUUUGGGCUUCAGGAGCAUAGAAAGACAAGGCGAUUUUGACGCUAUUGUUGUCGAACUGGGCUUAUCGUGUGCUUCCACUGCUGUACCACCUCGCCGUGUAUGCGUACGGGCUGAUGUUCAUGUCGGACACAUAAGCACAAACUCCGAUCUGCACCUGCGGCCUUGUAGUUACCCCCCAUGAUGGCGUCGACCUUGUCGUUAUUUGUCGGUAUCACGUGCUAGUGCUGUGUGGUAGCUGCCUCUGCUGACUGCUGUGUAUGAAAUCCUGCUCGUUGCGUAAGAUGAUGUGUUGCUCGAGACGAUGUGUGACUCCUUUGCGAAGACGAUGUGUAGCUUGUGAUCCUACUUUGAUACCCCCUUGCAUCUCGCCCGUGUCUUUUCUACCCCUUUGAUGCCCUCACGAGAAGUUUUGCUUGAGAUGUACGUCCGUAGUAGGACUGACAAGAGAUUCUUGUACGUACCCACCCCGUGCUGCGCUGCGGUUGAUUGGUGUUUGGUUCGUAUGGAUGCAGUCAAUACUGAUGACACAUCUUCGUCGAAGAAUGAUGAACGUUGUAGGUGCUGUCGUUGUUUCAUUAAAAAACUGCGUGCAGCAGAGGAAGUCGGGGCGUGUUGUCCUUGUCUGGCGAUGAAUUAGUGGUGCGACCUUGCAUGUGUAUAUGGCGGAAAUACAUUGCAAAGGACGCGCCCGUAAAUGCAGAUGCGUGAUUGCCAAUGU